GCGGGCGUGUGCAAUGGAGAACAUAGGCAAAAAUCGAAACGAUUGUACAAUUGUAACAUACUUUUGGAAGACUUAGCUUUAAUCGUUGAAUUGUAAUUACUACUUUAUGAAAAUAUUAAAAAAAUUAUUAAAUUAUUAACCUAAAAAAAGUCGAAAAUGCUUAACACAAUUGCUAACGAACUGAAUGUAAUGUUCCGCGACAGAGAAAGCAAAAAGGAAGAACUCUUCAGUACUUUUACACAAUUGAAGGUGGACUCCAACUUUUACACAUAUCUACAUACAUAUGUUACAGUGAUUUUAUAAAAAAGGAAAAAAAUAGAAAUCGAUACCGAGGACGUGCAACCAAUGAAGAAAAUAUAAAACUUUCACGAAUUUUAUUAUAUUAAAAAAUUUUUCUUGAUAUAAAUAAAAACUUUAAUUUGUAAUUUUUUGUGAAAUUGUGAUAAACGUGCGUUUUGGGCACUUGUAUAUGUGUAUGUAUGCGAAAACUAUGAACCAUAUCAUUAUUUUUGUAACAUACGUUUGUAUAACAUAGAAACGUUGAUCCUGUAUACGCCAUGCUUGACUUACAAAUGUAAUAACGACCUGAAUGCAUCUUGAAGUGCAUCGUUAUACCUAAAAUUACAUGCACACACACAAAAAUCUUUUGUAGUAUGUCUUUUGAACGAAUCCGCACCGAUUAUAAGGGUUUUGAGUACAAUCGUAUAAAUGACAAUAUAAGUCAAGCUACUGUCACGUUGGUUGAAAAGUGCGUGGUGUUUAUAGUCGGAAAAUCAAAAUCUGUCGACAUUUGACGCACAUAUCGUAUUCAACGGAGAGAAGAGCAACAUUUCAGCUUCGAUAGUUUUUUCGAAGAACGGAUUAUAUCAAAAACAUUGAAACUGUUAGUACGCGAUCGUAGAAAACGAUUUCAUUUAUUGGAAAUUUUUAGGUUUUUUCAGUUAAGCAACAAAUGCGUUUUAAUCGCUGGAUUUCUUUUGCCAAAAUUAUUAAGUACCGCAUCUGAAUUUUUCAAAACCUUCCCAUCGUCCGUCUUUAACGGCAAGAAUAAGGUUCAUGUACGACAUGUUAGUAAAUACACAAUUUUUGCCGCUUUUAAACACGAUUCGCACCGAAUUACGGAUACAAAACAUAAUAAUAAAAGUGCGAAAACUUCGAGCGCCAAUAUGGUUUUGAGUACUGAAUGGUCUCAAGUAGAAGUAGUUGAUUUGGUUAAUGAUGGUAAUGGUUUGGGUUUUAUUUUGGUUGGUGGACGAAGUACAGGAGUAGUUAUAAAAGCAUUGACUCCAGGUGGCGUGGCAGAGCGCGACGCACGUCUGCAGUGUGGCGAUCAUUUAUUACAAAUCGGUGAAGUGAACUUGCGUGGUUUUAGUUCCGAACAAGUAGCCACAGUUCUUCGUCAGACUGGGGCUCAGGUUCGAUUGAUUGUAGCGAGACCGGUGGAGCCAGCGGCUACCGACUUACAAACAUUAGCCAGUCAAGCACCAAUUAUUCCAACUAAGCUCCUUUCCGACCCAGAAGAACUGACACGAUAUAUUUAUCAGAAACCUAUUUUGGCUACAAGCGCAAGUGCGAACAAUGGUAGACAGGAAAGGUAUUCUACUAAUGACGUUGUACAGAGCAACUCCGUAGUCUCUUCUUAUAGCAGACUAUCAAGUAUUCCUGACACAGAGUUAGCAGAUUUACCAUUGCCUCCAAUACCGAAGGAAUUAUCUGAUUCGAUGGCUCACAUAUAUUCCAAAGAUUUAGAUAUUUUGCCAUUUUCGAUCGUGUCUCCACCUACAUCAGAAACGCCAACCUUUCAAUGGAAAUCUGCUGACACGACGUUUCUAUCAUCGAGACUAGUUUUACCGAAGGACCAUCAUGAAACUGUGAUAGCUAGCUCAAACUUAGCUGGCACAAAACCUAUUGAAUCCGAUUGCUGGUCAAUAGCAUCUUCCGGUUACAUAGAUUCUCCCGAAACUGAGACUUACGAAGUAAAAUUGCGUAAAAAUGUAUAUGGACUUGGCAUUACCGUGGCAGGGUAUGUUUGCGAAGAAGAAGAUGUGUCGGGAAUUUUUGUAAAAAGCAUUAUUGAAGGAAGCGCCGCUGAGAUGAGCGGCCAAAUACAAAUUAAUGAUCGCAUUGUUGCAGUCGAUGGUAAAACGUUGGCCGGAGUAACAAAUCAUCAAGCUGUAGAGAUAUUGCGAAACACGGAUAUUGAAGUGAAUUUGACGUUGGAACGCUUUCUUAGAGGGCGCAAAUUCGAACAUCUACAGAUUGCUUUGACCGAACUAAAAGCUUGCAACGACACCCAAUCACAGAUUUCUUUACCAUUGUCUCCUUCAAUUGCGACGUUAUCGUGGUUGCCUCCAAAGUCUGAUGCCGACUCUAUUGCUACCGAUACCGGUGCUAAUAUAAUAGAAUGUUGUGAUAUAUCAUCUCGUGAUACCGUUGAUUCUAAUAUGUCGCAUAUGUUAGAUCGUAGUAAUCACAGCCUUACCGCUUCUGAAGCCGUGCUUAUUAAGCCAACAGUGACCUAUAUUUCUUCGGAAGGCAGUGUAACGGUCAAUGGGGAUGUUGUUGACAAAACCUUACGACGGGAAGAUUCUCAAAAUUUUCAAAUGAUUACUUGUCAACAGAAUGGUACAUUAGAAACCACAAUAUCACCUGCUGAGAAUAUUUCAACAACAAUAUUAUUACCAGUCCCGGUGCCAGUGGCUGAAAUGACAGACAGGUCGGAGACGAAAGUGCAGUGUUCUAGCCCUAGUGUGGAAUCUCUGACAGUUGCUUGGAAAAGUCUAGGAAUCAGCCUGGAGGGCACCGUGGACGUGGAGUGCGGAAUUGAGAAAAGACCCCAUCAUUACAUAAGGUCUAUACUGGAAGACGGGCCAGUUGGACGUCAGGGUAUUUUGAAGCCAGGCGAUGAGCUCCUUCAGGUGAAUGAGUACAAAUUGCAAGGUCUUAAGCAUAUAGAAGUCGUAAAAAUACUUAAGGAGCUGCCAUCUCAUGUAAAAUUAGUAUGCGUACGUGGACCAACAGCCCCAUCUCAACACAUUAUCAACACAUCACAAAAUGCAGAAGCAUUCGAAACUCGAAGUCUGUUGCCGGGGGGCCAUCAAAGUCUUCAAAAUCUCCUAACGAAAGCACAAUCGGAGAGCUCAUUAUACACAUCCAGCACAGCUACUCUCACAGAUCAACAUCGAUUCAAAUCUCUUGAGAACGUCUCAGGAUUGGCGUUAUGGAGCACUGACAUUACUUUUGUCGAAAUUGAGAAAACUGAGCAGGGGUUCGGCUUCUCAAUAUUAGACUAUCAGGAUCCUUUAGACCCUGAUGGCAGUGUCAUUGUAAUACGAGGUCUAAUACAUGGCGGUUCAGCAGAGGCUACAAAUGAAAUAUUUCCUGGCGACAGGUUGGUUAGUGUAGGCGAUCACACACUGCACGGACUCGACUUGAACGAAGCCGUAAUUAGGUUAAAGAGCAUGCCAUUGGGGCUUACAAAGUUGGGCAUAUGUCGACCACUAUCAACAUCUGAUAGCAACGUAGCGUCACCAGAGAGAGACGUUGAUUCACCUAGUACAUAGUGCUUACAUAGAUUUUGUUGAAUUUCUUCUGUAAGUAUUACAAAACGUCUCAUGGUUUAACUUGUAACUCUUUUGUUAUUAGCUAUAAACGAUCAUUCAAUUGUUAAUAGCUACAAAAAAUUAUAGUCGAUCCACUUAA